AUGUCGGCUGAACAACGUAGAGCUGAACUUGAUGCUAAACGAGCUAAAUUGGAAAAAAUGCGGCAAGACAAAUUAACAAAACCAUCUGCAACAACACCAAUGACACCAAAUGUUUCUUCAAUGCCAGCUGUUACUUCAUCAACAACGCCAAGAGAAGAUACUGAUCCGGAUACAAUAUUAAAAGAAGUUGGUAUUCAUCAAACAACAUCAUUAUCAACAAGUUCACCAUCAAUAUCACCAGCAACAACAUCAUCAUCAUCACAACAGAAACGUCGGCCACCAACAAAUAUUGCAUUACAAAUAUGUCAACAAACAUCAGCAACAGUAAGUGUACCACCAAAAGAAUUAGUUACAUAUUCAAAAGAAGUUCAAACAAUUGAAUCUGGUGAAAAAGAUCCAACAGCAAGUCCUAUUCAACAUGAUCAUUUACAAUGGGAUGAUGAAUUUCAACCUUCAACAUCAGGUGAACAUAAUCGUCUUGUUUAUGUUAGUGAUGAUGAUACAAUGAGUUUAGAUGAGAAUACAAAAGGAUCUAUUGGUAUGACAUUAGCAUCAACAACAGAAUUAAAACGUACACGUUCACUUAAACAACAACAUAAACAAUCAAGUUUACAAGGUCAAACAUCAUUAAUGAAACAAGAAUUAACUAGUGAUGAACGUGAACAAAUAUUAAAAAGUGAUCAUUUUCAAGAUUUUUUUUCUCGUACAUCACGUUUAAUUGAACGUUCAUUAUGGGAAAGUCCACAAGCAUUUGAUAUAUUUAAAGAUUAUAGUGGAAGAGAUUUAGAUGGACAAAAAGAAACAAUGGAUGUUGGAGAAAUAAUUAAAUUUGAUCGAGAAUUUUUUGAUGAACGUUGGACACGUCAUCGUAUUGUCACAUGUAUUGAUACAUCAACUUAUCAUCCAGAAUUAGUUCUUGCAUCAUAUUCACAAAAUGAUGAAUCAACACAUGAAUCUGAUGGUGUUGUACUUAUUUGGAAUACGAAAUUUAAAUCGAAACCAACACCUGAAUAUAUAUUUAAUUGUCAAUCCUGGGUAACAUCAUGCGUAUUUAGUAAAUUUCAUCCAAAUAUUUUGUUAGGUGGCACAUAUAGUGGUCAAAUUGUUGUUUGGGAUACUCGUACAAAUAAACGAACACCUGUACAACGUACAGCUUUAUCAGCAUCAUCACAUACACAUCCAGUUUAUUGUUUACAAGUUAUUGGUACACAAAAUGCAAAUAAUUUAAUUUCAAUAUCAAAUGAAGGCAAAAUGUGUUCAUGGAAUAUUGAAAUGAUGACACAACCACAAGAAAGUAUGGAUUUAGCUUAUCGAACAAAACCAGUGGCAGCAACACGAAUGGUAUUUCCAGGUGUUGAAGUUAAUAAUUUUAUUAUUGGAAGUGAAGAAGGUCAAGCUUAUUCUGGUUCAAGACAUGGAAAUAAAGCUGGAAUUCAAGAAAGUUAUGAAGGACAUUUUGGUCCAAUUACAGGUCUUAGUUGUCAUAAUGUCAAUGGUUCAACUGAUUUUUCAUCAUUAUUUUUAACUUCUUCAUUUGAUUGGAGUGUUAAAUUAUGGUCAUUAAAAGAAUCUAAACCAUUAAAUUCAUUUGAAGUUAAUAGUGAUUAUGUUACUGAUGUACGUUGGUCACCAGUACAUCCAAGUGUAUUUUUAACAUGUGAUAUAACUGGUCGUUUUGAUAUAUGGAAUUUAAAUCAUGAUUCUGAAUUACCAUUAUUAAGUACAACACUUGAUGGUAACGUUGCUUUAAAUAAAUGUUCAUGGGCACAUAAUGGUCAACAAAUAAUAUUAGGUGAUGAUCAAGGUAAAUUACGUUUAUAUGGUGUAAAUGAAUUUUUAACAAGUCCAAAACAAGAUGAUUUUAAUAAAUUAAGUAAUACAUUACAAGAAUUUAAAAGAAAUACACUUGAUGCAUUUGAUGAUAAUCAUCCAACAAGUGUGACAACAACAACAGCAGGUUCAACAUCUGUUAGUCAUAAUUCAUAA